AUGGAGAACAGGACAGAGGUGACCGAGUUCCUCCUGCUGGGACUCACCGAUGACCCACACCUGCGGCUUCCCCUCUUCAUCACCUUCCUCCUCAUCUACACCCUCACCAUGGCUGGGAACCUGGGGAUGAUCCUGCUGAUCCUCAUGGACCCUCGUCUGCACACCCCCAUGUACUGUUUCCUGGGUAACCUGUCCCUGGUCGACUUUUGCUCCUCCUCAGUUGUGACUCCCAGGGUCAUGACUGGGCUCCUUACAGGAAACAAGGUUAUUUCCUACAAUGCCUGUGCUGCACAGAUGUUCCUGUUUGUAGCCCUCAUUGGUGUGGAAAAUUACCUGCUGGCCUCCAUGGCCUAUGACCGCUAUGCCGCAGUGUGCAAGCCCCUGCACUACACCUCCACCAUGACUGCAGAUGUGUGUGCAGGUCUCGUCAUGGGCUGCUAUGCCAUCUCGAUCCUGAAUGCCUGUAUUCAAAUUGGAAACACAUUCAGUCUGUCAUUUUGUAACUCCAACUUGGUCCAUCACUUUUUCUGUGAUAUUCCAGCAGUCAUGGCUCUCUCCUGCUCCGACCAACAGGUUUGUGAGCUGGUUCUUGUUUAUGUUGUGAGCUUUCAUAUCCUUUUUGUCAUCCUGGUUAUUUCAACAUCGUACAUCUUCAUUUUUGGCACCAUCCUAAGGAUGCGCUCAGCUGCAGGACAUCGCAAGGCUCUGUCCACCUGUGCCUCCCACUUCACUGCCGUCUCCAUCUUCUAUGGGACCACAAUGUUCAUGUACCUGCAGCCCAGCUCCAGUCACUCCAUGGACACUGCCAAAAUCGCCUCUGUGUUCUAUACCAUGGUUAUUCCCAUGCUGAAUCCUCUGGUCUACAGCCUGAGGAACAAGGAGGUCAAGAGUGCAUUCUUAAAGGUCAAGAGUGCAUUGAUUUGUGGAAGGCCUAGUAAGGUGUAG